AUGCCACCCCCACUCCAAGUUCAAGGACAAGCCGUCGGAAACGGGAAAUACAAGAUCGCCAACGUCAAAGGUGGCACUGUCGUUGACCUCGAUGUCAAUCAGAGCAAAGUCCAUGCAUGGCAGUACCACGGUAACAACAACCAACACUGGGAAAUCAACUACCAAGGCGGCAACACCUAUAGCAUUCGCAACGUGCAGACCGGAGGCUACCUGGCUGUCGAGAGGGGCACCGCCGGUGAAGGCUCCAACGUCGUUGUCUGGAAAGACGCGUUUAUGUGGGCGAUCUGGCGCGACGAGAAGGAUCGGACAGUUUGGAGAAUCGGGGCUCCUCGCACCCCCUUCCACCUGGACUUGAGCAAUCAUGGUAACUCGUCCAACGGAAACCCCAUCAAGACGUAUGGUGCCUGGGACGGGCGCAACCAAUGCUGGUUCAUCGAGCAAAUCGAGAAUCAAUGA